AUGGAAAAACGGUCUGAACCAGAAAUAGCUUUUAUCUUUCAUUCUUCAAACUUUCAAAUGCAUGAAAAACAGUGUCUGUUUCUUCAUGUAAAUAUUGUAGCAUUAACCAUAACUUAUAUAGAACGAUUUUUUAAAUGCUUAAAAGUAUGUAUAAGUUCUUCAUGCUUUCGCUAUUCCAUUAAAAAGAAAAGCUAA